AUGUUGAUUGCGUCAAGUAUGAGCACAGACCAGUUGUUCGUACCGUUUUUAGCCUUGGACUGUCAAAAGACGUUGCUUGAGAUUGAGAACCCAACUUGUAAGCUGAGCGUUGAAGAGUCUGACAGCCAGUUCGUCUCCUCGCUCGCUGUCCCUCCUACCCGCGUCCCUUGUGAUGUUGAUACCAGUCCUAUCCCUCGUCCAAGCAGCGUAACAACAACCCCCCCUGUGCUUGCUGAGUUCCAGCGCGUGCUCGCUCCAACCUGCGGUGUAUCUGCAGAUACCGCACCAGUCAUGCUCGAGGUGCGAUGGCCUGUCGUUAGGAGUAGGCGCAAGCUGCUUUUCUCAAUCUGGGAUACCAUGCCCGCCGUUGAGGUGUCGGAGAACCAGCUUGUAGAGGAGAGCGCAGUGCUGCUUACGCGAGCUACUGAGCUCACCGCAAAGAUGCCGAAGAAUGAGCCCUGGAGACUUAUCCUAACCGACGAGGUGCAAGGGAGGUUCAUCCUCGUCAGGGUGCUCAAUGAGCUGGAGUCAGCUGACAAUGCCUCGGUGAGCGAAGACGUUUGCAGUCCAUUUGUAAGCAAGACAGUCAACGACGCUGUCAUCAACGAACCACCUUUGCACAUGACGGAGGUGACAUUAGUCCAAACUGUCAAUUCACAACUGGUUGACCCUGAUCUUGAUCGAUAUGUUGAGAGGGCGGAGAUGAAUCGUUGA